UGCGGAACGUGUGUAGAUAAUCUGGUCCCAACGUUACAAAUAGGACAGGUUGAUUAGGUACUUUGAAUUAUAGACUUCCAAAAAACGUUGUUCGCUUUGCUUUACUGCACGUUUCUACACCUUCAACACCCACUCCUCUUCGUAUUAUCUUCAAUUAGCGAUAUCAUCAUGGCAGAAGAGACCGUCGAUUUCAAGCUUUACCGCUACAAUCCUUCGAUGGCAGCUGCCGUCAUCUUUAUUAUCCUAUUCUUCCUCAUCACAGCAUUGCACUUUUAUCAAAUGAUGCGAACCCGGACUUGGAUCUUCAUCCCUUUCGUUAUUGGCGGCGUUUUCGAGGUUAUCGGGUAUAUCGGGAGAGCCAUUUCCGCCCAAGAGUCGCCCAAUUGGUCCGUCGCUGUCUACUCACUCUCGACUAUCCUCCUUCUGGUUGCGCCCGCCCUAUUCGCGGCAAGCAUCUACAUGAUGCUCGGCCGCAUCAUCUUGGUGACAGACGGCGAGUCACAUUCACUCAUACCCAAGAAAUGGCUCACAAAGUCAUUCGUAACGGGGGAUGUAAUCUCAUUCAUGAUGCAGGGAGCCGGUGGGGGUAUAAUGGCAAGUGGCACCAUUGAAGCUGUGCAUACCGGAGAGAAGAUUAUUAUUGCCGGCCUAGUAGUGCAGCUUCUCUUUUUCGGCUUCUUCAUCGUCACCGGCGUCAUCUUCCAUGCCCGUAUGGUCCAACAGCCGACGUCAAAAGUAUAUUCCCAGUCGUUGCCAUGGGAAAGACAGCUGUAUGCACUCUACGUAGCCAGCUUACUUAUUCUCGUGCGAUGCAUCUUCCGACUCAUUGAGUAUGCACAGGGUAACGACGGGUAUCUCAUAUCCCACGAGGUCUUCCUUUACGUGUUCGACGCUGUGCUCAUGUUCGCUACAAUGGUUUGGAUGGCUUGGGUUCAUCCAAGUGAGAUCACAGCGCUGCUGAGCAAGGGUCGAGGGAGGGCGGUGCGGCGAGUAAUAUCGGUUUAUUCCCUGCGCUGAGCUGAGUUGUUUACACCGACGGAUUCGUAUAGUUAUUUUUGACCUGCCUGAUUGCGAAAGCAGAUGUUACACGGCC